UCCCGUUCCGAAUAAGAGCCGGGGCACUGGGAGAAUGGGAGGGAUGGGGCCAACUGCACCUAACCCCAUUCUUUCCUCCCUCUAGAUCGUAGUUGCACGAAUCACGGAGCGGAUGAAGAUCCGAGUGCCGAAGCUAGUGGUCUUUACCCGAACCCAUCUCACGAGUCACGACGGCCCAUUGAUUCCCUUUCCCCUGUCCCUCUCUCUAUUGCUUUCCGCGUUUCCAUCAAAUCUCACUCCCCUUCUUCUUCUUCUUUUGUCAUUCCCCAACUCGAACCCUCUGGUAUCGGCUGGAUCCAAGAGGCUGACCCACACGCACACUGAGAGGAGGGGAUGAAGCCUCCGCAGCAGCAGAGGGGCAACGUCGAGGGCGUUCUCCUGAGUCGGAAGCUCUUCUCCUCUCUCCUUAUCGCUCUCAUCGUCUCCCUCGGCGUCGUCUGCCUCUACUAUGGCACCUCCUUCGCCCCCGGCCUUCGCCGCCGCGGCCACCACCCAGCCGACGGCUCCGACCCUGUCUUCCGGGGCUUCAUCGCCGCCGCCUCUGACGAGGACGAUGACCCUCCGUCGUUCUCCGGAGAUGCCGCCGACCUCGUCGUCAAGUCCUUUCCCGUCUGCGACAUGAGAUUCUCUGAGCUGAUACCUUGCCUGGAUCGGAAUCUCAUCUACCAGCUCAAACUGAAGCUCAAUUUGAGUCUGAUGGAGCACUACGAGCGCCACUGCCCUCCCCCGUCUCGCCGCUACAACUGCCUUAUCCCUCCUCCCAUUGGCUACAAGACUGCGAUAGGAUGGCCAGCCAGCCGGGAUGAGGUGUGGAAGGUGAACGUGCCCCACACUCACCUUGCUGGCGAGAAGUCUGAUCAGAGGUGGAUGGUGGUCAAUGGCGACAAGAUCAACUUCCCUGGUGGCGGGACACACUUCCACUUCGGGGCUGGCAGGUACAUCGCCCACAUUGCACAGAUGCUCAAGUUCCCAAAUGAUAACCUCAGCGAUGGAGGGAACAUUCGGACUGCCCUCGAUGUUGGUUGUGGGGUUGCAAGCUUCGGCGCGUACCUUCUUUCUCAUAACAUCAUUGCAAUGUCUCUUGCACCCAACGACGUCCACGAGAACCAGAUUCAGUUUGCACUUGAGAGGGGGAUACCUUCGAUGCUCGGUGUGCUGGGCACCAAACGGCUGCCAUACCCGAGUCGCUCAUUUGAACUAGCACACUGCUCUAGGUGCAGGAUCGAUUGGCUUCAGAGAGAUGGGAUCCUGUUGCUGGAACUGGAUAGGGUGUUGAGGCCUGGGGGUUACUUUGUGUACUCUUCGCCGGAGGCUUAUGCUACAGAUGAGAAGAAUAGAAGGAUAUGGAGAGCAAUGAGUGAUCUCGUUCAGAGGAUGUGCUGGAGGAUAGCUUCGAAGAAAAAUCAGACUGUGAUAUGGGCCAAGCCUUUGACUAAUGGGUGCUACUCAAGGAGAGAUCCUGGGACCAUACCUCCUUUGUGUAGCUCUGACAACGACCCUGAUGCAGCUUGGCAUGUGCCCAUGAAGCCAUGCAUCACGCCAUACUCUAAGAAAGAGGUGAAUAGAGCAAAAGGCAGUGAGCUGGUUCCAUGGCCACAGAGGCUUACAACACCGCCACCUCGGUUGGAGGAACUUGGUAUCAGUUCUGAGAAUUUUAUUGAAGACAAUGAAAUAUGGCAUUGGAGAGUAAUGCAGUAUUGGAAGCAGAUGAACUCUCAGAUAGCAAAGGAUUCUUUUAGAAAUGUAAUGGAUAUGAGGGCAAACCUUGGUGGAUUUGCAGCAUCCCUUGCAAAUAAAGAUGUGUGGGUCAUGAACGUUGUUCCUGUCAAUGAAUCUAGCAAACUGAAAGUCAUCUAUGAUCGAGGUUUACUUGGGACUCUUCAUGACUGGUGUGAGUCCUUUUCUACAUACCCACGUACCUAUGAUCUUCUUCAUGCCUGGCUUCUGUUCUCUGAGAUAGAGAAACAAGGUUGUAAUUUGGAGGAUCUUCUCAUUGAGAUGGACCGGAUGCUGCGUCCUUCUGGCUUCAUCAUUAUCAGAGACAAAGUUCCUGUAAUAAAUUAUGUUCGGAUGUUCUUGACAUCAUUGAAAUGGGAUCUCUGGUCGUCGGAGGUGGAACCAAAAGUUGAUGCUCUGUCUUCAGGUGAAGAAAGGGUUCUGAUUGUGAGGAAGAAGUUGUGGAAGGAGGGUGAUUAAAUAUUGUAGUGUCUAAGACAUAGUCAACAUGUUGCUUUCCUUCUUUUUUUUUUUUCCCUUGUUCAUGUUCAGGGACUGGGUGGGAGGCCAAGUUACGCGAAGCGCUUUCUUAUAUAUCUUACGGCCUUAAGGUUUUCCAGAGACUGAGUGGCUGCCUAAGUUUGAAAAGGGCCUUGCUUCCCUAUAUAUCUUACAGCCUUAAGGUUUUGUAACCGUUGCUGCAUUGCUCAAGUGUAUAAUAUUACUUUGCAGUGCUUGUCAACUUCUCAUAAUUAUCUGUAGUGUAGUAAUAUAAUGAAUGUAACAAAAAGUGUAACCAAAACUCAAUUCCUUAUCUUCCAUUGGUGAUAUUGUAGCAGUUGAAAGUUUAUGUACUAUUUAUCAUUCAACAAAAUAGACAUGUCUGUUUUCUGUUAUGAAAGUCGUAUAUCGCGGCAAGAUAAUCAUGUUUGAGUUUUACACUUCAAAUACUGCUUAUUCUUGUUGUUUUUUCUUUGUUGUUCUUUUAGUAAAAGAUUUGUGUUCAAACUUCAAACAAAUGCAUCGAAAGUUAUUUGUUCCUGUAUUGUAUUUGCAUCAGCUUUGCAGUAGGAAAUUCUUUUAGAGUUUUUUAUGCCAUCUGUUACGAGGAUUGGGUGAGUUCCUGUGUCAGACUAUGGGCUAUGGCACACUAUUCUGAUGAAAGGAAAUGCAAAGACGGAGCCCACAGCUGCAUGUUCCAACGUAAGGACGGGGUGGUGCACUUGCUUCUGCUUCUAUGCGUGAGCCUUUCUCUUGAUUCACUAUUGCAAGCUUCUCCUGGUCAUACUAGAGAAGAUGAAGGUCUGGGUUCAUUGGCAAGUAGGAAAUUACGAGUGAAUUGAUUCACAAGAAUUGGGAGCGAUGGGACGAGCAAUUGAUUCACAAAUGUAUUCUCUUCUUGAUGCUGAAUUUAUUACAAAAUUCUUUGUAGCACUCAUCUUCUUCAAGAUCAUAUUAUACGGCAUUCCGUCUCUUGUAGGCAAAUUUUCGGUUCAAAGUGUUUAUCAUGUAUCAUGAAAUUCAGAGAGUUCGGCUAACAAUUCAUCAAAUAAACUUUUUAUUUUUAGAAAAAAAAAUUCAUCAACCAUAUUAUUCUAAGCACGGCUGGCAGCUCAGGAAGGAAAACCUUUCGCGGGAUGCGUCUUCGUGGAAGGGUGCAGAUUUUUGUGAAGACGCUCAUGGGCAAGACAAAUACGCCCACGAGAUGGAGAGUUUCGAUACUAUAGACGAUGGGAAGGCAAAGAUACAGGACAAGAAGGACAUCCCACCAAAUCAGAAGCAUUCAUUAAUGCCGGAAAGCAACUUGAGGAUAGUUUCGCUGGCCCUUCACUCUGUCCUCCAUCUUUGUGGUGGUAGUGCAAACUAGAGCUUUAUGCUUCCUAUCAAGUACAGUAUGUUUUGUCUGGCUGCUUUUGUGUUGUACUCUGUUAUGGUCCAAUCCUAUGACCUUUUUAUGCUAGAUAAAUAUAGCCUUUAUGUCUAUCUAUACUCUGAGAUGUUGUCAUUGAGUUUAUUUUGUUAUCCAGGCCAUGCAUUCUUAACAGGGAAACAUUUUGAUAGAAUAAACUAGUUUGUAGUUUUACUUUUGCUAAUGAACUAGCUUGAUGCUAUUGCUGUGGUGUCAGUGGCUGUGAGAUUCCAAACGUGAAUUUGUUAUUUAAGAUGUUAUUUUUAUAACUGCAACAUGGAGUGCUUCUGUUUAGCUAUUCCUUUUUACUAGGCUGCCUCUUUUCCGAAAAGCUGCAUCUUUUGGGUCAAUAAUCAAUUUUUUUUAAUCGUAUUAUAGUUUUUUUUUUCCCCAUGUUUCCCCGAGGUGUUGGAAAUUUCAUUCUUGUUGCAAACUAUUGCUUCUUAUUUUUGCCAAAGAAGACUUUCCGGUCUUCUGAUUUCAUACUUUUUCUGCAAGAAUUUUCUUUAGGACUUAAAAAAGAUAGCUUGCCUUGCGGUUCCAAUAUUUGUUCUGUCCAUCUACUUGCCCUGGAUGCUUUUGGACAUUCUCAGGAUUCAUGCCUCUCUAAUUUGAUCGACUUGACAUUACCAAACCAUCCUGAGGUGUAAUUGCUCCAAACUGAAGCAUUUGGUUGCCCGAACAUGUCCGUUCGUCUCUCUCUGUUUGCUGUUAUGAAACUUGUUUCCUGGUAAUCGCCAUGGCAGACUUCACUGUGAAUUGUUAGGGCCAGUCUAUUUUAUUUACUAUCUUCAACUUGCCAUCCGUAUCUCCAUGAAAGCCAUCAUAUUAACAUGUGCCCUUCCUUUGGGUGCCCACUUACCGAGUUGGCAAUGUACAGUGCCUUCACUUUCUUCGAUUGGCUUUGAGUCGGGUUUUGGGCGUGGUCGUGGCUCAUGUUCAAGUUUGGUUUUUGGCUUAAAUGAGUUAAAUCUCUCUCUCUAUUGAUGUUUCUCCUUCUCUUGCUCUCACUCAAUUUAUUUAUUUAUUUAUGGGUUACAAGUGCUUUAUCUCUUUAGCGAAUCACAAUCAUCAUGCAUGCUGAGGAGAUUGAUAGUUUUUUUUUUUUUUUUUGCUAAAGCAGGAGAUUGAUAGUUUCGCCCAACAAAAUGGCCACCUAAUCAUGACUCUAUGAUUUUUCGAUCUUGCGAUCCACGUUAGGUUAAAACUUUGAUUAAUACUUAUUUACUCGGUCCAAUUAAAAAAUCUUCGACCCAAACCCAAAUUCAAAUCAGAUUGGGUUAGAUCUUCAGAUCGGAUCAAUUAUUACCGCCUCUAAUCUCGAUAGAAAACAGUUUUUGACGAUGCAGCUGCGAUGAAUUUCAACUAUAAAUCCUUCAAAACAACAAUAUCAACUACAAGAGACCUCUUCGAUCGCUUCGUCUUCAUAUUCUAAAUUCAUUUUCCGGUCUUGAGAUUGUUGUAUUUUGACAAGAAUAAUCUCAGACAUCCUUGCAACAGCACAGGAUAAUAUGAAGUUUUAUAUUAAUUUUGCUUAAUUGUAGAAUUCCCUUUGUGCGAUAAUAUAAUAAAACAUAAAAUAAAAUCAAUAAAAGAUACAGAAAUAAUAAAUCUUUCGUCCGGUGUCGUCGGACCGCUGCGCCCCUCCGUGGUCCGCAAUCGAACGUCCUUCGGCUAGAUCGCACCCUCGUCGCGUCGAGGUUGCGGCAUCAGCGGGGCAGCUCUCCGACGUUCUCCUCCACCACGUCCGGUUGCCGGCUCCUCCUCGCGCCUUCCUCUCCCCCUCCCCUUUCCCUCUUCACCAUCCCCAUCCCGUUUUGGCGGCGAGAAAGGCGGAGGCUGAGGAUGCCCUUUCAUGGUGGCAUCUUUAGGUAUGGGUGGUAUCGGACGUCGACGGCGCUGAAGGCCUCGGUCGGACCCUCUCCGGUCGGCUCCGGACGUGCCGGUGCCCGGACGAGAACGGCAUCGGGGUUGCUCUAGGGCUCGAAUCGAGGCUUUCGGUUCUUGCGAUCAGCUUCCGAGCCCUGGCCUGCUUUUUAUAGGCAAUUUCUUGAAUGAUGCAUUCAAUGGUGGAUGGUUCGAGACACUCGCACGCAUUCAACACCAAGGUUUCAGGCAGCCACGACUCACGCGGCCGUGCAUGCAUUCCCCUGGAUACGCCCCAUGCUGCAGCCGCCAAAAGUGAGUCAUUCUCGAACAUUCCGGUGGUGGUGAUAAUGAUGCGCAGCUAAAUUGGAUAGAUAUGAAUUGGAUACAGUAGAAUCUCCUGGAUGCUGAUUUCAUAUGCUUGUUAAAUUGUACAUACGCUGCUUUUAUGUGGAAAGGAGCUGGCGAUGGUUUAGCAAAUCUUUUUUGAGAUUUUUAACCGGGCAUUUGCUGCUAAGAGUUGACCAAAUUGUUUGUGCUUCAUAGAGUUUAUGGAAAUGAUGCCCGUAGAAAUUGUUUGUGGUCCUCUCAUAUAUUGCUAUUUAUAAAUUAGUAAACAAGA